AUGAUCGAAUGCUGCGGAGUACCGUUGACACAAAAACGGCACCAGAAAAUGUGCAAAAUCACUACAAAGCUGGAUGAUUUUGACAUGACAUUAUCGCUUUCGAGUAUCGACGACGAGACAGCAUACGUGAAGGUACCAUUGCUCGAAGUUAGUGAAACUGCCAGGAAAAACGGCAUUGUUUGUGUGAAAAGUGUUCAGACAACUGAAUGUUCGACGACCGCAUCCUCGUGGGUGACAUCAUUCUUAGGAUUACCAAAUUGUAAACUUCAACGCCUUCAAGAAGAUUCACAUCGAAGUCUGUCAAAUGAUGCUCCAUACCUUCUCGUGAACGAGGCUUCGAUCAGUGUUCUGGCUGGUUUUGUAGGGCUAUCUCUUUCGGAGGCGAUAUCUCGAUUUCGUCCAAAUAUAGUUGUGAAAGGAAUACCACCAUUCCUCGAGGACACUGCAAACUGCGUGAAGAUCGAGGAUUAUCGUUUUGAGGUACUACUCUUCAUGUUUACAAUGUUGUUGUCCUAA